AUGUCGAACCCGACUCUGAUAUUCGCGCCUGGCGCGUGGUAUCCGCCUACAUCAUUCAACCUGAUUAUUGACAACCUGCUGGAGUACCGCCGCCGUACCGUUACAUUUCCCUCCAUCCAAUCGGCGACUAGGGUUCCAGACCUCCAACCGGACAUUGACGCUGUUCUGUUUACUGUCGAUCAAGAGGCAGAAGAAGGUCACGACAUAGUUGUCAUAUUGCAUAUUUGGGCGGGUGUACCUGGUUCUAGUGCAUUGGACGGACUGAGCAAAUCCGAGCGCCGGGCAAAAGGACGCAAAGGUGGCAUUGUGAAGCUAUUAUUUAUUGCCGCAUUUAUUCCUAUACUUGGAGAAAGCCUCGUCGGUGCGUUUGGCGGAAAACAUCCAUCCUGGUUUGUGAGGUAUGAAUCCAAAAAUACCGUGACUGCCAAUGAUCCACAUGGGAGGUUCUUUCAUGAUGUACCCAACGGAGCAGAGUGGGACAAAUCACUUGGGCCUCAUGCAUGGGCGACAAAGAUUGCACCUGCUACUGGAACCGCAUAUAGGACCAUUCCCUGUGCUUAUCUUCUCUGCAAAAACGACCGCGCGAUUCCUUUCGUGAUCCAGCAGAUGCUGAUAGACCGGGCGCGGGUGGAGGGGCCCAAUUCGAAACUGAAAUAA